AUGGGAGACCUUACAACGUAUUGCAAUAAAAAUUGUGAUGGCUUUUCAGCCAUCGAAGGUUCAAUCAUUCUUGAGAGUUAUUUUUUCACACUAAUUUUAUCGCGGUAUAAAGCGCUUGACCAUCAACUCUCGAAUACUAGGAAACUUCAUCCACAGUGCAAGAAAACAAAUCAUAAUUACACUUCUUACAAGUCACCAACUACACCACAAACAGGAAGAGAUCUUUCCAAACUUAGUGUUCAAUUUGUUUUUGAGUCAACUAGCGAUGACGUACCUACUAGCAAACUGAAGCGUGGAGAUUAUGAAGUUUUUAAUUCAAGGUUGUUGAAAGAUACACAUCCGAAGAUGAAGACGAUAGCGAAAAAAAAAAGAAGAGCUGAUGAUGAAGAAUCUGAAAUUACU